CCCCGCGGGCCCCCUGCUCACCCUCCUUCUCCCCCGCAGUCCUCGGUGAAGCUGAAGCUGAUCUGCGCCCAAGUGCUGCGGGACCUGCUGGGGGAGGCCAUCGAGUAUGACAAGAUCCUGAAGCUGACCUCGGAUGCAAAGUUAGAGUCGGGGGAUGUGAAGGCGACCAUCGCUGUCCUCGGCUUCAUCCUCUCCAGUGCAGCCAAGCACAAUGUAGACAGUGAGUCUCUGUCAAGUGAGCUGCAGCAGCUGGGACUGCCCAAAGAGCACGCCAGCGGCUUGUGCCGUUCCUACGAGGAGAAGCAGAGCCCCCUCCAGGACAGGCUCAGGGCGUGCAGCCUGCGAUUGAGCCAGCUGGGCUCAGUGCGCUGGCGGGUGGAUUACACCCUCAGCUCCAGCGAGCUGCAGGAGGUCAAUGAGCCCGUGGUGCACCUGACCUUCAACGUGCGGGACACGGAGCGCGACAAGACCACGGCUGUCCCUGUGACGCUCUCGGCCAACAAAUUCUGGGUGCUGCUGGCAGAGCUGAAGCAGGCGCAGACCCUGAUGAACAGCCUCUUCUGAGGAGCCAGGAAAGUGCCGCGGCGGGAGGCUGCGACACUCAGCUGGGGGUCCAGAUUGGUGCUCCUGGCUGGGGUGGAGGACGUUUCCCUUUCCACCGGGUUCCCGGAGUCCUCGGGGCAGCUCCAAUAAAGUCCCGGUGACAAAGCUGA